CCAAAUGUACAUGUGUACUUUAUUUGGUUAUGUUUUUAACUGAAUAGUAAAUAAGCUGCUAUUAUUCGUGGAUAUAGAAUAGCAUAAUUUAUUAACAAGGUAUUCAAUCGAAGAAGUGAAGGUCCUUUAUAUCCCUAUACUGUGACCUUAGAUCUGGAUUAUAGUGCCUAAGAUGGACACUUGAAGACAUGAAUUGUGAACUUCAAAGGGAACAUAACUGAACGAACACGAAAGUUAAAACACAAAACAAAAAGGAAGUAGUAGAAGAAGAAGUAAAAGAAGAAGAAGAAGAAAGAAGAAGAAGAAGAAGAAGAAGAAGAAGAAGAAGAAGAAGAAGAAGAAGAAGAAGAAGAAAGAAGAAGAAAUUGAAGAAGAAGAGGCGCACAGUCAAACAUAAGCAGACACAUACGAGCCAGUGAUGGCAAGUGCCUGUAAAAGUGCGUUUGUGUUGGGAUACACUGGUGAGACCGGUAAAGCUCUGGUACAAGCUCUUGUCAAGGACCAGCACUUCCGGAAGGUGCGCCUGAUCGGACGCAGAAAAGUGGAACUUCCGGUGGAGAUUGAUAGCCGAUUUGAGCAAGUUGUUGUGGAUUUUGAAAAGCUAGGGGAACACAAGGACGCCUUCACCGGAUAUGACGUGGGCUUCUGUUGCAUGGGGACCACGAGGGCAAAAGCGGGUCCGGCUCACUUCGUGAGGGUUGACCGGGACUAUGUUGUAGAGAGCGGCCAGCUGGCGAAAGACGCCGGAUGUCAACAUUUUCUUAUCGUCACCGCCACGGGCGCGGACAAGAACAGCAUGUUCCUUUAUAAUAAAACAAAGGGCGAGGCGGAAGAAAUGCUCAAAGAAAUCAAAUUUCCCACGUUAACAAUUCUGAAACCAGGCCUUCUCCUGUGUCCGCGUGUGGAGUCUCGCUUCUUUGAAGAGGUGGCUAAGGUCAUGUUUAAGCCCAUUACCGCCGCCUUUCCCACGCGCUUUUCCGUGCACGUGGAAAUACUGGCACGUGCAAUGGUCCAUCUCGCCAAAUGUCCACCUAACGAAAGUGUGCACGUGCUGGAUAACAAGGCGAUACACCGAGUGGCGACGGAAAACAAAUGACGAUUGUUGACCGCGUGGUUGAAACAAAAGCACCGCAAAAUAAUGUCAUUGUGCGUCUGUUUUUGAGCAGAUUAAGGAACAAAACACACCAAGAAAUGAGCCGGAGCUACGGGACUUUCUACAUCUAUGUGUACUUUCAUUGUAAACGGGUGUACAAAUUCAUUUUAAUAUAUUUAACCAUUUUUAACCAAGGUAAAGUUUUGGCCGACGAUGGGGACAAAGCGUUGCAAUUGACUGUGUUCUUUUGGAGACCAAAUUUUGAAAUUUUAUUAAGCUUUAUUAAGUUUCAAAUAAUAUAAAUUGUGAAUGUAUUCUCUGUGAUAUAUGAUAAAACAGAUUUUGUUUUUAUUAUAAAUCAUUAUUUUCAUGUUGUUUUGCCAUUUUUUCAUCAUUAUUUGAGUUGAGUUGGGUAGAUUCGAGCUGAG